AAGGGGCGGGGCCAAGGCGGCGGCACUUCCGGGAGCGGCGCUGGGCGACCAUGAGCUGGAUACCGUUCAAGAUCGGGCAGCCCAAGAAACAGCUUGUACCCAAGACUGUGGAGAGAGACUUUGAGAGGGAAUAUGGAAAGCUCCAGCAAUUGGAAGAUCAGACCAAAAAACUUCAGAAGGAUAUGAAGAAAAGCACAGAUGCAGACUUGGUGGUCCUGUCAUGGGGAUUUAAUUUUCCCUUUGAAGCCCGACUGUGGAUAGGAAGCGAGACGUGUCUGAUGGAAAACAAGCAAAAGUGCUCAGCGAGACGGGAACUGGAGCAUCUCAGAGUGUGUCCUGGUGUUCCUGGUGACAGUUUCGGGGUCUGCAAAGGCUUCAGCCUUUGUUUCUCCCCCUGAAUUGUGGGGUCUCUCUCCAUGGACAGAAGGUUUAGGUUCAUUGGGGGAAGGUGCUUGUCCAGCUUGUGUCUGUGCUGCUUGUGAAGUGCCUGUUUUGAGGGUAAAAGAGAAACCUCGUCUUCCAGUCCUGUCAGUCUGGUCCUUUCCAGCGCUAAACCCACUUCAAAUCUAUAUUUCUAUAAAGCCAUUUGAAAGGCUUAAUGGACUGUGAUUUUUCUCAUUGUGGAAGAGCUGUAGUGAGACUGAGAGUGACACUUAAUAGUCUGUCGAGAAAAGGCAUAUGAAAAAAGACCCCAUCUACAUGUUUUUUAAGAGAACGGCGCUUUUGUUAGUCUGGGAAUAUUUCUGGCAACAUCACAAGGCGCACACCAGAGUGGUUCAGACUUAGAUAAAUCCCAGUUCUCUGGGUGUUUAUUUGAAUGAAUUGGUGGCACUUCCUUCCAUGUCUCUCAACCACAAGUGAAUAUUGUCCUGAAAAGUUGUGCUAUAAACCCCCUUUUGGUGGCCGAAAUCCCUGAUUUUUGCCCACAGUUGCCUUGGCGAUGGGAGUUUGUGUGUCUGUCCCACAGGCAUCAUCCUCUUUCCCUUUCCCUUUCCCUUUCCCUUUCCCUUUCCCUUUCCCUCUCUCUCUCUCUCCCUUUCCCUUUCCCUUCCCUUUCUUUCCAUCCUCCUACAGCCAUGUCCAAGUCGGCCGUUAAGAUCUCCUCGGACCUGCUGUCCAACCCGCUGUGCGAGCAGGAGCCCGGCUUUCUGGAGAUGGUCACGGCCUUCGACACGGCCAUGAAGAGGAUGGACUCCUUCAACCAGGAGAAGGUGAAUCAGAUCCAAAAGACAGUCAUAGAGCCUUUGAAAAAGUUCAGCAGCGUGUUCCCCAGCCUGAACGUGGCCGUGAAGCGACGGGAGCAGACGCUGCAGGAUUACAGGCGCCUGCAGGCCCGCCUGGAGAAAUACGAGGACAAGGAGCGAACCGGCCCCGUCCUGGCCAAGCUGCACCAGGCCCGUGAAGAGCUGAGGCCGGUGAAGGAGGACUUCGAAGCCAAAAACAAGCAGCUCCUGGAGGAAAUGCCCAAAUUUUACAGCAGCCGCAUCGAUUACUUCAAGCCCAGCUUUGAGUCGCUGGUGCGGGCGCAGGUUGUCUACUACACCGAGAUGCACAAGAUUUUCGGGGACCUAACAGCACAGAUCGACCGGCCCGGCUUGAGCGACGAGCAGCGCGAGCGGGAGAACGACGCCAAGCUGAGCGAGCUGCGCGCUCUGUCCAUCGUGGCCGACGACUGAGCAUCGCAGGGGAUGCUGGUGAUGGGGAAGGGGCUAGGGAGCCCCCCCAUCCCACCUCCUCCAUCCAGGGGGCUUUACCCUUGUGGUAUGGCCUGGGGGGCACAGCACGGCUCCCCCCUCCAGCCAGCUUUUGCAAAAGACAUCUGGAUUGUCUCUGCCCACUCUAAGACCAGGUUUUGCCUUAAGUAGGUGUUGGCAGCAGAGCUGAAGAUGGGGAGCGGGCUGGGUGCUGCCAGUCCCUUUCUGGCAAGACACGGCCACUCCUGCUGCUGGGACAUUUAUUUUGUGCCUUAGGACCCCACUACUCCCUGAAAGGGGAGAGUAAAAGUGUUUAAAUUCAAUUUUCUGAGGCAUCGGGAGAGGGUGAUGAAAGGGCCCAACUUCCCAUGCUGAGUAUCAAGUGAUGCUGUGCUCCAAAUCCACCCCAUUUUAAGCAGGAAUUCCUGUUUUAAGCAGGAAUGGUGUGAAGUGCCUCUUGCCCCACAGCUGGGGAGGCACAGGGGGGUGCACAUCUGCACAGCAGUGGGUGCUCAAGGGGGACGAUGGGACCCCAGGGCAGAGGAAGAGAGAGGAUGCAAAAGGGAAAUAUAACCCAGGUGGGAACAAAGCCAGGGAAAAUUAGGGGGCCUGGGGGGGCUCCACAGCCUGAGUCAAUUGUAGCCACUUUUUAGGGGGCACGAAGGCUCCAAUAAAGACUUUUUGGCAGCCGGGGUGCCGGUGCCCUCUGCUGCCACCUGCCUGUCACUGCGGGGGGACACGGGGAACGGCCCCCCAGGUCUGCCACAUCCCCAACCACAGCAGGACACUGGUGCUUUGGGGGUGUCAUUUUAAGCGCGAUAUUAAGGGCCUGGAAAAGGGGAAAGAGGGACUGAGCAGCCCCCAAAGAGACGCAGGAAGGAAACGGGUUCAAAAGCACAAAAAAUACAGCUUUACGGUGAAAUACAGUGAAUGGUGAACACAGCAAAGGAACACGCUACGGCCACAGCAGCAUCCAGAGAUUCCCCCCGAGCAGCACAACGAGUACCAGCCAUCAGUUUGGGUCCCUCCAUCCUAAAAAAGCUGGUUUGGCCCCCAAUUUGUGCAUCCAGCUUGUAGCAUGGAGGAGGCCAUUGUCCUGUCUCCAACACACAACUUCCUACCCAAGGGGUUUCCGUUAAACGCUAAAAAAAGGGUCAGAGCAAACCAUGAGCAUCCCUACAGCUGCCCUGGCUGCAUAGGGAAGGGACGGGGACAGAAAAGGCUCUUGGGGACCCUGCCACCAUCCCCAGCGUGUGACACCCAGGCGAGUGGGGUUGUCACCCUCUGCUGGUGGAGAGCAGCUGGAUGCUGGUUCCUUCGUCUAGAAGAGAAGAGAAGAGGGGGUGACCGGUGGCUUGUGAAGACGGGACCUCACAUCCCAGUGUGUCUUGGCUUACCCAGCCUGGAUUUUGCUCUCCAGGUUGAGGUGGCUGCUCCAUUUUCUCCAGUAACUUCCACAGGCUGAGCAUCAUGAUGUUGGAGGCAGCAGAGGGGGGUUCCUGGAACAAGAACAACUCGUCACCCACCCCAAAAUCUUCACCAGACCCCCCAGCAUCCCUACAUCUACCAAGGAGCUCCUCUUCUGUGCAGCCAUGACUGCUCAGGGGACUCUAUUUCUUGCUAAAAACUGCCCUGUUUGGGUGGGAGGAGAAGGUGCUGGGAGCUGUCACCCAGAGCAGGAUCUUCUCCAUCUCUCCACAGCCCUUUCCAAGCACCUGCAGAAAUAAAACCACCUUUUGGGACACCCGA